UCGCGUCCUACGACCGCUGAAUAAAAUAACAGACUCGUACAACUGUUGAUCAGUUAUUCCUUGACGCCCACGAGUCAACGAGGUAUGGCUUCUUUGUGGAUUUACAAGUCUACCUAGUAGCAUUUUCACGUGUUCCUGAGGUCUCGAGGGAAGCAGUGAUCAAUCUUGAUAAGAAGAAAUGAUUCAGUCACCACUCAAGACAUGAGGAGUCCAUUUGGACUCAAGGAGAAAGACAAGUUACUUAUAAACGCAGUCAAGUCAUGUCAGCCUACCUUAGACCUACGUGGACAGCAUCUUACUACGAUCCCUCAGUGUAUCACACAAAAACCCCUUCUUUACACUUUACAAUCUCUAGAACUCAGCUACAAUGGCUUUAUUGAACUCCCACCAGCACUUGGUGAUUUAGUGAACCUCCAGGAACUUUAUCUUCAGCACAACAGCAUAGAAUUACUUCCAGAUGAGCUCGGUAACCUAGUGAACCUGAAAAGACUUGGUCUUGCACAUAAUAAACUCAAUGAUGUCCCCUUAUAUUUUGGAAAGUUUAGACAGCUGGAGUGGCUCAACAUUUCUGGAAAUGCGAUUGAAGUCGUUCCUGUAUUUCUUCUCCGGAUCCCAAGGCUUAAAUAUCUUUAUUUGCUUUGUAAUCCAAUUGAAAACAUUCCUAGAGAUGUUUACAUACAGAGCCUGGCAGUGAUAAGGCAGUACUUCAAUGUUGUAGUGAAAGAAGAGCCUGAGGCUCAACCUUCUCAGAGUGUUUCCUUUACAAAUGAGCUGUUAGAAAACAUCAGAAACCGGAAAAAGAACAAGGAAAAAAGUAAAAAAGAUCAUAAAGAGAAGACUUCUGUUAAAACAGAUAAUUCAUUUGAAGGGUGCUCUGGAAAGGUGAACUACCAUGUAAGUCACUAUGAGAAAAUAAGUGAAGUUGUUAAGUCACAGAAGGAGCAGUUGCAGCUUGUAAAAGACUUGAAAGAAAAAAUCAGACUCAACCAAGAGAUUAGAAGGCUAAAUUUGGAGUAUCUUCAGAAACAAAUACAAAGAAAAACCUCUCGGUCCAUGCAAAGACUUAGGAGGAUGUCAGAUCUCAGCCUAGACUCUGGUCAGAGAGAGCGCCGUCGUAGGAGGAUAGCAACAAGCGAAUAUGGCUCAUUAUCCACUUUCACAGGGGAUAAUAAUGGUAUUAUUCCUUAUGAUGACUCAAGUGAUGAUGAUGGGGCUAGCAUUGUUAGUUUUGAGAGUGAGGUAUCCAUGAAAGGAAGCGUGAGUUCUGAUAAUGAUGCAACAUCUUGUGACCUUGAGGAGCACUGCAAUGGCAAUCGGCACAUCACCCAUGGAGACAUCUGCGUCAUUAUACCUGAAUACAACCACUCCGGACACUUCAAGUCUGAAUUCUUCUUGGAAAUUAUUGAGGACUUUUCACAGCAACCACCAGUGAAAAGCCGUGAGAUGGUGGCAAGUGAGAUUCUGAGACUUGGUCCUCAUGGUGCACUUUUCUUCAGAACAGAUCCAGCAAUCAUAAGUUUGCCCUUUGAUGCCUGCCUGUCAUCAGGGGAUCAAGUGAUUUGCAUGUGCAGUGAUACUGGUCUCGGGGAGACUCCAAAAUGGGAGCCAAUUAAUAAGACCCAGUACAAAGUCUUUGACUCUCAUGUAGAGAUCAAUGCCUACCACUUCAGUCUUUUUGCAGUGGUCAUCCAGAAGGGUUACCCUCGAGCGCAGCGCCUGAUACGGAAGGGAGUUGGGGGUUGUCUUUACAUACCAGAAGUUCCUGGAGUUGAGGUCAAUUUCCCAGAAACCUCCUUGCUACAUGAUAUAGAGGCAUCAGUGAAGGUUCUGUACUCGGAUGAUCCGUAUGAUGUAGACCAUAAUGAUCCUGAAGCAUUUGCACUGGCCACACCCGUUGUUGAACUAGGACCUCAUGGCUGUCAGUUUAAUCCCGACACCAAAGACCCAGUCACCAUUCGUCUCCCUCUUCCAAAUGCUAAGGAAAUCAUGAGCCAGUUUGGAGGGCAGCAGUUGACAUUCUGGACAAGUUCCACUUUGGAGGGCGAGCCUCCAGUGUGGCAGCAGUUCCACCCUAAGUCUGUCUACAUCGACACAGAAGACCCCACCCUCUGCUCCGUCUACUUCUCUGUGGAACACUUCACUCUUUUCAGAGCCUUAUGGGACACACUGGAUGCCAUCGUUUAUGAAGCUAAGAUAGGGGCCUCUCAUUUUGUCCCCAUUUUCCAGUUCUAUGUCUCGUGCCAGGCGCUCAUGUCAGAAAGUGAGGAUGGGGUGAGGUUUGGAAUAUGUGUGGCAUGCUGUAGGUUCGGUAAACCCCUGGAGGGUAUUGGUAACUUUCCAAUUGCCAUCGGCACUCAUCCGCCCAAGAUGAUCUCUACAGGUCCCAUCACCAUCAGAGUGAUGUCUGGGUUGUUCAAGGCAGAUACAGCUGCCGGUCAGCAAAACCUUGAGCACACAGAGACAUUCACAGGCCGACAGAUGGUGGUCCAGUUUAUCUGUUGCUUCACUGGUGAGAUUCCUGCACAUGGCAGCUUUGGCAAGGCGGAGAUUGAACAGACCCUACCCAAUGGGCGUGGCAGCACCCUUUUUUCAUUCAACUUGGACAAGCCACGCGAUGCCAUCCCAUAUCAGAGUUCUCUCCAGUGGGACGUACAGUUAAGCAGAGAGCUGGCCUCUCUCUUGACCAUCACGACCGAGCGUGACAUGGGCGAUGAGGUAUGGGAAGAGAUUGCCAAAGCGUUGCGUUACACCCAGGCUGAGAUUACCAAGUUAGCGGCCUCAACCGAACCAAUGACAGAGCUGCUGGCGAAUUAUAAGCGGCGUGGCGGGCAACCACACGAGUUCAUUUCAGCAAUGUACAGUAUUGGUCAGUACCGCAACAGGCUGCACGGCCAACCCAGGAUGAUAGGACCUGGGUCCAGCGCAGUGGCGUUGGAAGAGGAACGUGGAGAAUCCUCCACUUCGGAACCGAGGUGUCCCUGUGUCAAGAAAAACGAGCGGAAGCGGAAGCUCCCUCCUGAAAUCUCUUGGGAGGACAAAUUCGUAGAGAUCACUGGAAAACUUACCGGACGGUGGAAAGAUCUUGGCCGAGUGCUCAGAAUGGAGGAGCCGACGAUACAAGAGAUCGAGCUGAACUACAAGCAGGAUGGGGUGAGGGAGCAGGCUUAUCAGAUGCUGUUGGCGUGGCGGGAGAAGUACCCCGAUAACUGCUCGCUGCAAACUCUGUCUAACGCUCUCUGCAAGAUAGGGCUGGGCUACGUGGCACGACAGUGCUGUAUGGUCGAGAUGGGGUAGUUUGGAGUACCCCGAGGAACGGUACUAGGUAUAUUAUUUUUAUUUGUCAUCACAUUGUGAUGGUUUAAACUUUCUUCAGGAGCUUUGUUUAGGUGUGGUGCUUUAUGGUCGAGUUGUAGAAGUUUGGAGUACCCCGUGGAACUUUACUAGGUAAUUUAUUGCUAGCCAAAUUAGCUGGAUUCAACUCUGCGAUAUAUAACUCAGAUUUAUAUAUAAUCUUACUUAUAAGGUAGUUUAGGUCUCGUCAUUUUGGUAGGAUAUUUUGUUGGAUUUUGGAUAUUUUUGGGAGUGUGAACUUCGAAAGUAUAAUCCAGAUCCUAAUUGCGUUUUCAAAAUAUUCCCCACUUAAUAAAGGCACCUCGUUUUUAAGGACAGUCGGUACCGUCUUUCUGGUAAAUCUUAAUGAUGACAACCUGUUAAAGAGACCUUGUCAGUCACACCUUUGUUAUUGUUUUCACUCAACAUUGGAAAACAAAUAGAGUGAAGAAAUCUAGAAUAACUAUUUUAAAACAAAUCGAAAAUGUUGCAAUAGCUUUCCAGAAUAAGCAGAUGUAAGUGGAUUUUUUCUGACACUUGGUAUGUCGCUUGGAUUACAAAAUGGCGGCUGACGGGGUAUUUAACAGAGGAAAGGUUGUUGCGGCCCAACGGGCUCAACAUCUUUAUGAAUGGGGUUUCACUGAAUACUAUCAGUUGUACAAAGUGUAAAUUUAUUUAGAAAGCAGAGUAACUACUGGGUAGAACUGUUUAGUGACAGUAUUCAUAUACAAUUUUUCAACAUGUUUUUUUUCUUUUUUACCCAUUUUUUUCUGUUUAGUUUUGUAUGCGUCAUGCGGUUUGGGCUAGCGUGAUAAAGUUGCGUUACUGGAGCUGUGCUCUGCGCUGUUGUCACGUAAUGCCCAUUUUGUGUAACGCUAACGUUUACUUGCAGUGCAAGUCAUCUUGGUCGUAUAAAACAGUGCUCCGUCACGUAAAGAUUGGCGAUUCAAAAUGCUGUUAAACAGUCAAUGUUUUUAUUUAAAAAAGUUUUAAUACGCUUUAUAAAUUUGAUUUGAUACUAUUCCAUUUGUUAUACUUGGUAUUCAAAUAAAAACAAUGUUGUAUUACCA